UUUCGAGCAUUAACUUCAACUUGGUAGUGGGUUUUUAGAGGAUUUAACACGCCUGGCUUGCUUAGAAUUGAGCAUUAUAUAAGCCAACAAAGAUAAUCUUAUUCCGCAUUCCAUAUAAGUUGUUUGAGAAAUACCAUAAUUUCUUAUUGGAAAUUGAGCGUGUACAACAAAUUUGGUGAGAGAGAAAGAUAGAGAUGUGGAUGUCUCUCCAGAAAAAUCCUUCAAAUACAUAGUUAUUCAAGGAACAUAUCUGCUGGUGGUGGCUCUGACGACUUUGCCCACGAAUAUCUACUCAUUCUUUUCGACCGGCCAGUGCAAUCUCAACGAUCAGCAGCAAUCAUGAGGGCAGUUAAGCCAUCCGACCGCGGAGAAGUCGUCGUGAAAAUCGACGAGGGAGAUUCAAACAAUAAAGAGUACGCAGGCGGUUCUGUGCGACUUCGUCAAAAGGAAAGCUCUCUUGAUGGAGAGCAACAACAGCCGCCGCAACAAGCGGAACGAUGUCGCAGCAGUAUGUCUGAAGGUGCAGAGGUGGUGAGGUGUACAUCAAACACAUCGUUUCAGAGAAGGUCGAGCUUGUCGAGAUCAGCAAAGACGAAGUCGCGGAUGAUGGACCAAUAUGAAGAGCCAGAGAGGCGGUCAGACCGGGUUCCCUGGUCGGGACAGCUUCGGUCUGGUUUACUUCCGAAGGCGUUGGACGACGAUGAAGACGAUCCGUUAUGGGAGGACUUUCCGGACGAUUACAGGAAGAUGAAGUUGAGCACUUUGACUAUCUUGCAAUUUGUGAGUUUGAUUGUGAUAAUCGCCUUUUUUAUCUGCUCUCUUUUUAUUCAUUAUCUGAAAGAGAAGCAUUUGUGGAAGCUCAAACUGUGGAAAUGGCAAGUUCUGAUAUUGGUCUUGAUCUGUGGGAGGUUGGUGUCUGGGUGGGGGAUUCGGAUCGUAGUGUUCUUUGUAGAAAGGAGUUUCGUUUUACGUAAAAGGGUUCUUUAUUUUGUAUAUGGUGUACGAAAGGCCGUGCAGAAUUGUCUGUGGUUAGGGCUUGUUUUGCUAGCUUGGCAUUUUCUUUUUGAUAAGAAGGUUGAGAGAGAGACCAAGAGUGAUAAGCUUAAGUAUGUGACUAAGGUGCUUGUGUGUUUGUUGGUGGGUACCUUGGCUUGGUUGGUGAAGACCCUUAUGGUGAAAGUUCUGGCUUCUUCUUUUCAUGUUAGUACCUAUUUUGAUAGGAUUCAGGAGUCUUUGUUUAUUCAGUAUGUGAUUGAGACGCUUUCGGGGCCGCCAUUGAUUGAGAUUCGAAAUGCAGAGGAGGAGGAGGAGGAGGCUAGGAUUUCUGAUGAGGUCAAUAAGUUACUGAAUGCUGGUGGUGCUAUGCCCUCUGAUCUCAAGGGAACUGCUUUCCCCCCUCCAAAGAAUGGAAAGAUUAUAGGGAGUAGUGGACUUCUGCAGAGGACCCCUGGAGUGAAAAAUGAGAAGGCAAUGUCCAAGAGGGGAGAUGAUCAUGGAAUAAGCAUUGAACACCUGCAUAUGUUGAAUCCGAAGAAUGUGUCAGCUUGGAAUAUGAAGAAGUUGAUGAAGAUUGUUCGGAAUGAGACUCUUACCACCCUGGAUGGACAGAUAUUGAAUGCCACGAACAAGGACGAGUCUAAUACACAUAUUUGGAGUGAGCCGGAGGCGAAAGCUGCAGCCAAGAAGAUAUUUCAGAUUGUUGCCAAACAUGGGGCCAAGUACAUCUACUUGGAAGAUUUGAUGCGAUUCUUGCGAGAAGAUGAGGCUUUAAAGACCAUGGGUCUCUUUGAAGGAGCCCAUGAGACCAGGAGAAUCAGCAAAUCAUCCUUGAUGAACUGGGUGGUCAAUGUGUUCCGAGAGCGGAGAGCACUCGCUUUGACGUUGAAUGAUACCAAAACAGCCGUGAAAAUACUUAAUCGUAUUGUGAACGUGAUAGUUGGCCUUGUUGUGUUUGUUAUUUGGCUUCUGAUUCUGGGAAUCGCCACCACCAGAUUUCUUGUCUUUCUAAGCUCUCAGCUCUUCCUUGUUGCAUUUAUUUUUGGGAACACCUGCAAGACGGUGUUUGAAGCAAUCAUCUUCAUAUUUGUAAUGCACCCGUUUGAUGUGGGAGACAGGUGUGAGAUUGAAGGAGUUCAGAUGGUUGUAGAAGAAAUGAACAUCUUAACUACUAAAUUUCUGAGAGACGACAACACGAAGGUUCUUUUCCCGAACAGUGUUCUUUCUACUAAGCCUAUCAAUAACUUCUAUCGCAGCCCUGACAUGGGAGAUGCUGUUGAAUUCUGCAUCCAUAUAUCAACUCCGACAGAGAAGAUUGCAAUCAUUAAACACAGAAUUAUAAGUUAUAUUGAGGACAAGAACGAGCACUGGUAUCCUUCACCCAUGUUUGUAUUCAUUGACGUGAUAGAGUUAAACAGAGUGAAGUUAGCUGUAUGGCUGACACACAGAAUGAGCCACCAAGACAUGGGAGAAAGGUGGGUAAGGAGAUCCCUUUUGGUUGAAGAGAUGGUUAAGAUUUUCCUUGAGCUUGACAUUCAAUACCGCCUGUUGCCCGUCGACAUUAAUGUCUGCACCAUGCCUCAUGAGAGCUCCGCCCAACUUCCCUGUACUUGGACGGAAACCAGUACUGGUUGACUGCAGAAGCACAAAACCAAACUAGAUAUUAAUGUAGCUGCUAGGGGUGUUGGAGCGGGCCGGAUUUUUUUCUGGUCUAGUCCAAAACUCAGAAUCUGGGUGAAUCGUGCGGUUAUCCGCUCGGAUUACACUCAGGCAGUUAAUGAAACCCGGAUCCAGUUACGGAUCCUGUUUUAUUACUCGAGUAUUUGUAAUUUGAUCCUUUAAAAAAAAAAAAAAAACAUUGUCAUUCCUGUUCUUACUACCUAGACUCUAAAGAAGACUCUCGAGUCCUCUCAUUUUUUCCAAGUGUCUCUCAAAUCUGAAGUGGCCAAGUCAUUGUCUCUGCCUUGUUCCUUCUCUUUCGUCUCUCGAAGUCAAAACCCUAGCAAGAGCCACGAGCCAUCCUUCAUUGUCGCCAGUGAGAGGUCGCCGUCAUAUGUAUCCACAGGACCACAUUGUUCAUUGCCACCGGUGACACUUUUGCCCUCUCUAUCUCUCUCAAAUGUCGUUGCUAUUAGUAUAGUCCUUUCUCUCUUUCUCUACUCUGUCUUAGUCAUGGAGUAAAUUUCAGUUUGAUUAUGAGUGUUGGAUUGUUGGGUUUCGUUUGUAAACAAUGGGUGUUUAGGGAUUUUUGUGUUUUAGGGUUUUGUUUGUAAACGAUGGAGAACCAACAUUAAUUUGAGAUUUGUGAGAUUUACAUGUUCUUCAUAAAAUUGUUCCUCAAAAAAUUUUCAAAUUGAUGA